UCUAAAAUAUCUUCCUUGAAAAUCCUGAACAGUUGGUGGCUCCCAAUCCCAUCAAGCGGCCCAUUCCCUGUUCCUUUUCUCCUGAUUCAGUGUUUUAAGGUUUACCGUUGUACCUUUUACAUCUUUACCAAAUAUAUUAUACUCUCUUUCUUUCAGUUUAUAAACAAAAAAAAAAAAGCAAAAAAAAAAAAAAAACAUUCCUUGCAAUGACUUCUGAAUCCUUCACGUUAAGCUUCUCUCCAUCCCUGAAAACUCUGCUAAAUUCCAAGUUUCCAGGAGACCCUUUGCCUUGUUUCGCAACACCCUUUUUGAAAAAUCCAUGUUCAAGCUUUGAUGGGUUUUCUUUGAAGAGAAAAACGUUGAGUUUUAAUGAGAGAAUUAAUGGGCUCGGAGGAAAAUUUGGAAUCUUUAAUGCUUGGAAAAAAGAAGGGUAUUUGGAAGAGUUGGAUGAUGCGCCAUUGGAUGUUGAGUUGCAGCAAAUUUGCAGUGAGAGUCAGUUUGAUAGAGUCAUUGCUGAGGCUCAACAACUUGAGGAGUCUUUGAUUAUACUUUGGAUGGCAAGCUGGUGCAGAAAAUGUAUAUAUUUGAAACCAAAACUGGAAAAGUUGGCAGCUGAAUACUAUCCAAGAUUAAGGUUUUACUGUGUAGAUGUAAACACAAUUCCAUACAACGUUGUUGCUCGUGCUGGAGUUACGGCUGGGACAAGAUCUAAUUUCUAAACAGGAGUAGUCUGAAGCUGUGACAAAGUUUUUACGGGAGUCAGUAUGGUUUUUCCCUCUUUCUAUAAGUUCCCAUCAUUCCUCUCUACGUCUUUCUGAUCCUCCCAAACUGGUUUCUCUAUCUGCUUCUUAGAAGAGUCGGGACACUUUAGUUGGGAUAUGAAUUGUUAACUUUAAGGCAUGCAGAAAUGUAUUGUGAAUCAAUUAGCUAAGAAAUGAGUAGUAAUUGAGAUUCCUUCACCUUAAACUGAAGAUUCUGCAACUUUCUCUAGUUCUUCUCAAGAAUAAUUGGGACAUCUUUGUCUGUUAGAGACUUAUUAUCGAAUUAUUUAUUUUUAUCAUUACACGAUAACAGAUGGCUUGGUUAGAUCCUGGCAAUGGCUUGCUGCCUGUGAGCUCUGUUAGUUCCUUUAUAGUCUCCACUGGAUUAGUAUCAAUUUCAAUGUCAUGAAAGCUUAGAUUCUAAAGCUGUACAUCCUACAACUGUUUUUAUACCAGCUCUCAAAGAGACAGGGAAAAAUACUAACAUUUUAGAAAUGAUGUUGCAAAUACAAUGAUCUUAUUCAUAUCCUUGAAUGCUCUUUGACAUUUCCUCAUUUUGCUUUUACACUUUCCCGCUAUGAGUUUGUAGGAUCUUUAGUAUUUCCAUGCGUGAUUUUAAUUAGUAAUAUAGUGAUGCAAUUAUAAUUGACUUAAUUAUACCUUUUUUACAUGUUUCAAUGCCGUUGACUACAACU